AUGGUUUCAUUUAUAAUAACAUUCCUAAUGUUGGCUUGCUUUAAAAGUGAACCAUUAUUGAACUACAAAUUAAGCGAAGGAUCAAAAAGGAAAUUAUAAGAGAGUAAGCCAAAUAUAACUUCUUUAUCAUGGGAACCAUUAAGAAUUCAUUAUGAAUUUUUAAAUAGCUCUUACGAUGCUAAAUAAUUGAAAUUUAUAUCUAAUGUUCUUGAUGUAACAAGCGUAUUUUUUUAAAAACAUUUAUUAAUACGAAGAACAAGUUCAAAGAUUACUUACAAGAAAGAUUAUCCAAAUAAGAUUUUUGGUUUUAAUAUAAGCGAGGCUUUGAAAGCUAAAGAAUAUGAUGCAGAUUUAGUAUAUUAUUUAAUAAAAAUAGGUUUUAUUUGUAAAUGUUGAAAAUUCAACAACAGAGACUUAUUUAGCAUAUUGUGGUCCGGCGAUUUUCGAUGAAAUAACUUUACGACCAAUAUUUGCUUUGGUUUCAUGGAAUAUGUUUUAUUCAAAACUUGAAAAUAUGACUCAUUCAUAAUUUGAAAAUAAUUUAGAGACAGCAAUUCAUGAAAUUAUUCAUGGUUUAGGUUUUGUAGAUGAUUAUUUCUCUACUUAUUAUGAUUCAGUCACAGGAGAAGAUUAUAAUUCUUCAAAUAGUUAUACUAUUUAAAAAGUAAUUUAUUUAUCAACCCCAAGAGUGACAAAUUAUGUGCAAUAUCAUUUUAAUUGUACAACAUUAAAAGGAUUAUAAAUGGAAAAUAAUGGUGGAUCAGGAACUUAAGGGUCUCAUUUUGAGAGAAAUCUAUUCUAUAAUGAAAUAAUGACAGGUUCAGAUAUGACAGGAAACUUUUUAAUAACAGAUUUUACAUUUGAAUUAUUUUAAGACACAGGGUAAAAAAAUAAUUAAGAUUAAAAGAUUUUAUCGAAUAUCAGAAUAUUCACCAGAUAAACCAUUAUGGGGAAAAAAUAAAGGAUGCAAUUUUGCAGAUCAAUAAUGUUUAGGAGGAAAUUUUUCUGAAUUCUGUUCUGUUGAAAAUACAACUAAUUGUUCAUUUUAUAAAUCAGGUGUUUCUAAGUGUAAACCAGAAUAAUUAACAGGUCCAUGCAAAUAUUAUUACAUAUAUUCUAAUUAUGAUUGCAGAGAUCCUGAUAAUAUAGAAUCUUAAGCAUCCUCAGGAUUACUACAACAUUUUGGCUCAGAUAGUAUAUGUGUAUCAGGUUCUGUUUCAAAAAAAUAAUAAGCAUAUUCAUAAUACUCUUGUUUGUAAUAUAAAUGUGAUGAUAUAAACAAUACCUUAUUCCUUAUUAUUGAAGGAUAAGAAUUCGAUUGUUCAAAAGGAGAUAGUAUCAAACUUCCAGAAACUUAUUAUGGCAGUAUUAAAUGUCCUUCAAAUCCUUCUGAAUUUUGUGAAAAUAAAGAUGAAUGUUCCAAUUCAUGCAGUUCUAAAGGUUUUUGCAUUAAUAAAGAAGUAUCUUAUAUUUACAUAUUUAAGUGUAUUUGUAAGUUAGGAUACUCCUCAAAAGAUUGUAAUACUGAAUGCACAAAAUAUAGAUAUAAGGGUAGUUGUUUAGAUAAAUGUCCAGAAUCUACUUAUGUAUAUGAAAAUAUCAAAUAUUGUGUUGGCUGUCCUGCUGUAAUUAUUCUUUUUAUUAAUUUAAGAAUUGUUUGACUUGUUCAAAUUAUAAUAAAUGUUCAACAUGUUAACCAGGUUAUGUUUUGAGAGGAGGAUUUUGUGAUAAUUAUUAAUUGAUUGAACUUCUAAUAGGAGGCUUAGGAAAUUCUACUAAUUCAACAUCUAAUUCCACUAAUGUUUCAUAAAAUUCUACAAAUUCAUCAAAUACAACAAAUUUAUCAUCUAAUGCAACAGAGACUACAAAUUCAACUUCAAAUUCAACUAAUUCAAAUAAUUCAACUGAUCCAACCAAUUCAACCAAUUCCACUAAUUCAACCAAUUCAACUGAUUCAACCAAUUCAACUGAUUUAAGUGAUUCUAAAAUUAACAUUAGGACGAAAGAUGAUUUAAUGUAUCUGAUAAAUUUAUUUUUAUUAACAUUAAAUUUGUGA